AUCAAUUUAUUAAUGGUAUCUCGUAAUCAUUUACUUCUGUCGCACUUGCAGGUUUUCGAUGUUUAUCUUAUCUUUGAUACCGUAGAAUAGUGUCUUGAAUGUUUGUAUACAGUUUGUAUUUAUGUCACAUCAUCGGUAUUAAACUGUUGAUAAAAAUUUUACCAUUGGUUUGGAGUUGGCCUUGACAGUUUGUGAAAACGUUGAUAAUCAUUUUAGACAUUUAGGAAGUGAUAGAAAUGUUUCUCGGAAGUCGAAGAUGAUGACAUUUAAGGUUAAUAUAUGUUGCUGCGAUACUUAGUGCGUUCUAAAUGUGAUAAAAUUGGAAUCGGCAGUCGCAGAGCAAUUUAAAAAGAAAACUAUGUGCAAAAUAAAAUAUGCAUAGCUGAUAAAUGGGCCGUUCAUGGCCGGAAUUAAGUGGUAAGACAGUUUAAGGUAUGCUGGAUAUCCGUUAAAUCAAAAAUCCUGCAUGACUAAACCGGUACCCCUUUGCAGUUUAACAAAUCUUCAACUACGGUUUCUGUGUCCCACAGAUCUUGAUGAGGUGCGAACUCUGUGCCAGGAUUGGUUUCCAAUUGAUUAUCCCUAUUCAUGGUAUGAGGAUAUCACUUCAAAUCCAAGGUUUUAUUCACUAGCAGCAGUUUAUGAUGGAAUUAUCAUUGGCCUCAUUGUGGCUGAAAUAAAAUCUUAUUUCAAAUUGAACCGAGAGGAUCGUGGCAUUCUGGCACAGUCAUUUGGAAAACAGACAGAAGUUGGAUACAUUUUGAGUCUUGGCGUCAGCAAAGCUCAUCGUCGUAAUGGCAUUGCAUCGCUCCUGCUAGACAACCUCAUUUCUCAUCUUACAACACUGGAGCAUUCAGAUUGCAAGGCAAUCUUCCUGCAUGUGCUGACUACAAAUUCAGCUGCCAUUCACUUUUAUGAGCAUAGAAACUUCAGGUUACAUUCUUUUCUACCAUAUUAUUAUUCCAUAAAGGGAAAGUGCAAAGAUGGCUUUACAUAUGUACUAUAUAUUAAUGGAGGCCAUCCACCAUGGGGCAUAUAUGACUACAUGAAGCACUACUGCAGCAUCGUGUACCGGUCCAAUCCGUGCUCCUUUCCAGUGUGGUUGUGGCACAAGAUGCAGGCAGCCCUGCAACGUGUGUGGCCUGGACUACGACGAGUUGUUGUACAGAAUACAGCAGCAGUCUUCUCAUUUUACAGCUAACAUCUGUGCUUUCUCUGCAAAACAGAAGAUGGCACUACUGGUUUCACAGACAAUCCUGUGCUUAGUAGAGCUCUGGAAAUAUAUUUGGAGCUAAUAAACAUUUUAUUAUAUUUAUUUAGGUCAAUUUUAUAUGGAGUGUUGUAUGAUUAGAAUUUAUUCUACACCAAAACUUGAAGUGCACAAAUAGCAGGAGUUGUGUAAUUUAUUCUGCUCUUUUUCUUGCCCUCUGUUGUAGGUUCUUUCAGAUAAUUAAAAGCUCUAAGUUAACGAAGUUUGAUGUUUACAGGAGUAGAAAAUGGGAAAGUUAUACUACUUUAAUAUUUGCUCUCUAUUAUUUCAAGUGUUCUGCUGAAUCUGAAUUGAUCAGGAUUAUCAGCAGAACAGAGACUACCAUGAUUAAUACAGUGAAGUAAAUGAUAAAACUUUCUCUAAUAGUUGGAACUGUGAUUAGUUUAAGAGAAAAAUAAGUGAAUGUAGGCAUUGCUUUUUUAUGACUAAGAAUGGAUUACUAAAGAAAGAGUACUGAAGAAACCACAGCUCAAAAAUAUAGAGUUGAUCUGUUACACAGUUUGAAGUAAGCAUUUUCUGUCUGCUUUCACCACUUCACUUUUAUUAUAAGGCAGAAGUCUACUAUGUUAUUGAAGGGUCUAGUCAAAACUUUUACAGUUUCUGGAAAUUGACUUAGUAUUAACUGGCAGUUUUUCAUGUGGCCUUAUCAUGUUUAGUUUUUCAUGUGGCCUUAUCCUGUUUAAAACUUUUUCUUGACAAAUCGUUGACUGUAUGAGGUAUCAGAAGAGAAGUAUUCAGUGUUCAUGUAAAGACUGUAUCUUGAGUAUAAAGAUGCACAUUUAAGUUGAAAAGUGGAUUACUGAGUUCUAAUGUGCAGAAAAAUAGAGUACUUGAAUUUUUAAAAAUAAUGUUAGUUUUAUGCUUACAAAGAAGAGACCAAGAAUUAUUUAAAUAUAUUUGAUUCCAAGAAAUCAUUUGGUAUCUGUACUAGACGUUUCAGUUAUAAAUAUGUUUUUAUUACAUAUACCAUGAAAUAAAAUUAUCUUCAGCAGUACCUGAUAUGUAUAUUGCAGAGAAACCAACACAAUCCUGAAAGAAAUUCGCAGUGAAUAUUACAAAUCAGAGGUUCAAAUGAAAGCCUUAAAUAUCUGUUACCAAAUAAUUUAUUACAUACAUAACUAAUUUACUGUUACCCAUUCAUAUAAUAAUCCUUAUGAUGUGUUAUUUAUACAUUACAGUC